GUGCAGACAUGUUGUUGAGAUCAGAGCUCAGACUUCAGUUUCACUUCUCACACACUGAAACUCAGACAGUCGUUCGUCACUGAGAGGUGAAAUGGCGCAGAAAGGAGUUGAGCUGGAGCGGGAAUCCCUCUCUUGUUCCAUCUGUCUGGAUCUACUGAAGGAUCCGGUGACUAUUCCCUGUGGACACAGCUACUGUAUGAGCUGUAUUAAAACCCACUGGGACAAAGAGGAUGAGAAGAGGAUCUACAGCUGCCCUCAGUGUAGACAGACCUUCACACUGAGGCCUGUCCUGGUGAAAAACACCAUGUUGGCUGAUUUAGUGGAGCAGUUGAAGAAGACUGGACUCCAAGCUGCUCCUGCUGAUCACUGCUACGCUGGAGCUGAAGAUGUGGCCUGUGAUUUCUGCACUGGGAGAAAACUGAAAGCCGUCAAGUCCUGUUUGGUUUGUUUGGUCUCUUAUUGUGAGAAACACCUCCAGCCUCAUUAUGAUGUUCCUCCGUUAAAGACGCACAAGCUGGUGGACCCCACCAAGAAGCUCCAGGAGAACAUCUGCUCUCGUCACGAUGAGGUGAUGAAGAUGUUCUGCCGUACUGAUCAGCAGUGUAUCUGUUAUCUCUGCUCUGUGGAUGAACAUAAAGGCCACGACACAGUCUCAGCUGCAGCAGAAAGGACCGAGAGGCAGAGAGAGCUCGAGCUGAGUCGACAACAAAUCCAGCAGAGAGUCCAGGACAGAGAGAAAGAUGUGAAGCUGCUUCAACAGGAGCUGGAGGCUGUCAAUGGCUCUGCUGACAAAGCAGUGGAGGACAGUGAGAAGAUCUUCACUGAGCUGAUCCGUCUGGUGGAGAAAAGAAGCUCCGACUUGAAGCAGCAGAUCAGAUCCCAGCAGGUAACUGAAGUGAGUCGAGUCAAAGAUCUUCAGGAGAAGUUGGAGCAGGAGAUCACUGAGCUGAAGAGGAAAGACGCUGAACUGAAGCAGCUCUCACACACAGAGGAUCACAACCAGUUUCUACACAACUACCCCUCACUGUCACCACUCAGUCCGUCUACACACUCAUCCAGCAUCAACAUCCGUCCUCUCGGGUACUUUGAGGCUGUGACAGCAGCUUUGUCAGAGGUCACAGGUCGACUACAGGACGUCCUGACUGAGUCAGAGACAAACAUCUCACGGACAGUGACUCAAGUGGAUGUUUUACUGUCACAACCAGAGCCCAAGACCAGAGAGGAAUUCUUAACAUAUUCACAGGAAAUCACACUGGAUCCAAGAAUAUAAACGUGUCCGUGCUCCAAUUGUUUAAUGAGACUUUUUCUUGAAUUGUCAUGAUAAUGAUCAAUAACAGUUUAAAUCCUUUUUUCUGCUCCAGUGUGAUCUCGAUUUUAAAGCUUUUUCCCCCCGCUGCUGUUUUUGAGUCAAACUUUGUAAUGUGAAAAUUGUACUAUCAUGCAAUGUGUUUUAUUUCUUCACUUUCCCUCCAACAAGUCGACUCCAGAUGAAUGACAAUGUAGCUUUGCAAUUUCUGAACGUGUAAAUGAGCAACAGUUUGCUAACAAAGGUGAUGUGUCCUGUUUGUGAUGUGUCUCCCCGAAGUGGCCAAGAAAGAAAAGAAAAGAAUCAGUUAUUAAAAAAUAGUUUAAAACAUGAAAUCUGCUGCUGGUAACUCAAGAUGUAGGAGAGGUUAAAUUACCUAAACUCAGUUUGUUCAAAGUUUUAGAUCAGAACAUUGAAUUGCUGUUGUACGAUAAGAUUUGAGCAAAGUCAAAAAAAAUAAAAUGAAUAUUAAAAAUG